GUGUAUUCUGAAAUAAUGCUGUCUUUUUUGCUAAUCAUGUCAGUGCUGGAAUUCUGGUAGGGCUCGUCUUGAGUUGAAUUGAAAUUUGCUGGUGUUGACUGCUCUUCGGCUUUUUAAAAUUUCCCAAUCACCGACUCGUGUGUCCACAUUCAUCUUGAUCCAAUCAUCCAUCAUGACCCCACCACCCGCUUGGCUCAGCCAUCCUUUGUUCAAUGUUGCAAGCUUCUUCAUUCUUGGCCAAGUUGCCAAGCGAUUAAACCUCGAGGAUCCUGAUAACCUCUUCUACGCUCGAGCUGUUUAUGUCAUGGCUCAAGCAACCAUCAUCGGACUGUCGUACUGGUUGAUAUCCAAAGUUGAUAAAAAGAACGACACUACUAUCUUGCGUUAUGUCGAACCUGCAAAACCUGAUUGGGAAGGAAACAAGGGUACUGAAAAGUUGGUCGUCACCAACCAUAAGGAUUAUGACAUUUCAGAGAUUAAGAAGACCAUCACUCAGACUUUGACCGGUGUUGGUAUUAUUGCUUUUCUCCACUUGCAAUUCAAGUUUACCCAGCCUCUUGUAGUGCAAUCUGUUCUUGCUUUCAAGACCUUCUUCCUGUCUAAGGAAGCUCUCAUUCACGUUUGGGGUGAACCUACAGUUGGCGUUCUUCGAAGACCAUUCAAGAAUGAGUCUCCAUUCGGUGGUAUGAUGGGUCAAACGUAUCUUACUGAUAAGGCAUCUAUCAAGCGCGCCGAAAAAGCCAUGAAGAACGAGUAAAGUUGCGAUCUCUAGGACUGCAGUUAUAGAUCGAGAACUGCAGAAAAGUAACAAGUUAACCCUGUAUAUUGAUGCCAUGCUCAAGUGUGUAACAUUGGGAUAAUAAAAAUUAUAAAAACGGCAAACAUACGAGCAGC